AUGGCCCGAUUGGGGUCGGCGGCGGCGCCCUCCAUGGUCACCUCGGCAUCUUCGGCAACGGCGGCGGCGGUCGAGCACGAGGUGCAGGGGAGGUGUGGCGGCCUUCCAUGGCCACCUCUGGGGCUGCGGCGGCCCUCCACGGCAACCUCUACAGUGGCAGCGCCCUCCAUGGCCAGAUUGGGGCCGCGGCGCUCCUAUCGCCGGCAGCAGCAGCGCCCUCCAUGGCCUGAUUGGGGGCAGCGGCGGCGCCCUCCAUGGUCACCUUGGCAUCUUCGGCAACGGCGGCGGCGGUUGAGCACGCGGUGCAGGAGAGGUGCGGCGGCCCUCCACGGCAACCUCUGCAGCGGCAACGCCCUCCAUGGCCAGAUUGGGGCCGCGGCGCUCCUAUCGCCGGCAGCAGCAGCGCCCUCCAUGGCCCGAUUGGGGACGGCGGCGGUGCCCUCCAUGGUCACCUCGACAUUUUCGGCAACGGCGGCGGUGGUCGAGCACAAGGUGCAGGGGAGGUGUGACGGCCUUCCAUGGUCACCUCUGGGGCUGCGGUGGCCCUCCACGGCAACCUCAGCAGCGGCAGCGCCGUCCAUGGCCAGAUUGGGGCCACGGCGCUCCUAUCGCUGGCAGCAGCAGCGCCCUCCUUGGUCCGAUUGGGGGCAGCGGCGGCGCCCUCCAUGGUCACCACUCGGCAUCUUCGGCAUUGGCGGCGGCGGUCGAGCACGAAGUGCAGGGGAGGUGCGGCGGCCUUCCAUGGCCACCUCUGGGGCUGCGGCGGCCCUCCAUGGCAACCUCUGCAGCGGCAGCGCCCUCCAUGGCCAGAUUAGGGGCCUUGGGGCGCCUUAUCGCCGGCAAGAAGAAGCCAGUUCUAUACUAAUACCAUCAAAUAAGUCCGUAACAGAUAACGCCAUACCAUACCGACAUACACGAUCUCAAUCUUCUAUACAGGACCUUGAUUCUGCCGUUGGUGAUACCAUGGAUGUGUCUUAUGAGAAGUGUGCUGAUCCGUCGAACUCGGACCUGCCUAGCGCUGUUGAUGUUGAGCAAUCUGACAAUGGCAGCUCUGGACAUUUGGGAUCUGCUGUAGUCAAGGGAGCUACUGGUAAUGAAGGUUAUUCGGGCAUCGAAAGUUCUGAGCAGACCGAUGAUGAGUGUGCUGGAGAUGAAGGCUCUCUUGUUAAUGUUGAAAAUAGUGUUGAUAAACAAGAGAAUCAGGAAAAGAUUCCAAUGGAAGAAACAGCAAUGAGUGAUGGCUCCUCAAUCACAUCGAUGGAAGAUGCCCUGGAACCAAAUAAUGAUCUCCCAUCAGAGCCUGAAGAUAUGAGCAACCACACUCCUGAUCCAUCAAAUGGCAAAUCUUCCAAUGGAAAUAGGAACGUAUUCCAAAGUGCAAAGAGGGUGUUGACUUCAACGAAGAAGAAGACUCCAUCUGCAACGACACGGAAGCCACUACAAUCUACAAAUAGAGGUAAUCAGGACGAUGCGAAAUCAUCAGUUGGAAAGGCCACAGUUCCAUCAGGCCCAGUUUUCCGUUGUACUGAACGUGCUGAGAAGCGCAGAGAAUUUUAUAUGAAGUUGGAGGAGAAGCAUCAAGCUAUGGAGGAAGAAAAGAUUCAGUUGGAGGCUAAGUUGAAGAAAGAGCAGGAGGAGGCUCUGAAGCAGCUUCGGAAGAGCCUGACCUUCAAGGCCAACCCGAUGCCAAGCUUCUACCACGAGGCGACGCCGUCCCCCAAGGCCGAAUUCAAGAAGCUGCCCACGACCCGGCCCAAGUCACCGAAGCUGGGCAGGAGGAAGACGACGACGACCUCCAUGGAGAUGUCCAACUCCUCGUCGGAGAGCGAGGGCGCCAUGAGGCCGUGCUGCCGCGCCAGCCGCGACGGCCUCGACAGCAACUGCAAAUGCAGCGGCGGCAGAAGCAAGGCGCAGGCCACGAACGCCAAGCCGGCCGGGCCCAAGAAGCAGCCGAAGCACCGCGCCCACAAGAUCGCUGGCGAGGGCGCCAUCAACAUCGCCGUGCACUAG